UAGAUAGCGACAGGAGAUAUUGAAGAUACUCCAGCUUGUUUGUUGGUCGUGUGUCGUGUUGGUGUACUUGGCAAGUGUACAAACAACCGCUAUGUUGUGGUUGCGAUCGUCUGUGGUUCUUCUUGUUCUCUGGUGUACGUGUACACGUGUGGAUUGUGUACAAACAUGCGGCUAUCAGAGCUGCAAUGCCGAAAAACCUGGAAUGAUAAACGUCCAUAUCGUACCCCACUCACACGAUGACGUAGGCUGGCUUGUCACGGUAGAUCAGUAUUACUAUCAAUCCGUACAGUUUAUCCUGGACAGUGUCCUAGCUGAGCUGACCCUCGACCCCACCAAAAGGUUCAUCGUUGUUGAGGUCGCCUAUUUUUAUCGCUGGGUUAACGAGCUGAGCCUGGAGCAGCACCAACAAGUGUUUGACCUAGUUAAUGAAGGUCGAUUAGAGUUCAUCUCCGGGGGAUGGUCGAUGAACGACGAAGCGGCCACUCAUUACCUGGCCAUCAUCGACCAGCAUAAGCUGGGCUUUGAGUUCCUGCGGGACAGCUUCGGCAGCUGUGCAAGGGUCAAGGCCGGAUGGCAGAUUGAUCCGUUCGGGCAUUCCAGGGAGCUGGCGUCGCUAUUCGCACAGUUUGGGUUUGACGCCCUGAUAUUCAGCCGUCUUGACCAGCAGGACAACGAGUUACGUCAGGUCGAGAAACGUCUGGAAUUUGUCUGGAAGGGAAGUCCAAAAAACAUCGGGCCGUCCUCUAACCUGUUCACGAGUAUCCUACCCUACGGGUACAGCCCACAAGAUCCCAUGCACUUCGAUGUUCAACAGAUAUACCAGCCUAUGAACACAGAACUCUUCGCUGAUGACCCAGCACUGAACGAUUAUAACGUAGACAGCAUCGUGGAUGCCGCAAUUAACGCUAUAAAUAUUCAGGCGACCGUUUUUGCGACCAACCAUUUGCUGGUACCUGCAGGAGGGGACUUCAACUAUGUCAGUGCUCACUUUAACUUUAAGGAGAUGGACAAACUUAUCAAGUACGUCAACGCUAGGCAAGCCAACGGCAGCAACAUCAACUUCCUCUACUCCACCCCCUCCUGCUACGUCAAAGCGGUCAACGACGACAACGCCACGUGGACGACCAAGGAGGACGACUUCUUCCCGUACGCCGACAGCGACCACUCCUACUGGACCGGCUACUUCACCAGCCGUCCAACCGUCAAACGUUACAUCCGGGUCGUCAACGGCUUUUAUCAGUCUGUAAAAAAACUGGCCACAAAUCUUUUACAAAUCGGGAUCGGAAGAGACCUUCUCCCCUUAGCGGAUGCUUUAGGGGCGGCACAACAUCAUGACGCUAUCACAGGCACAGAGAAACAAGUUGUAGCCUUUGAUUACGCACUCCGCUUAUCUGACGGUGUUCGCAACGGUUUGGAUAUGGUCAACACCGUGUACAGAAAGUUGAUGUACAAGGGAACAUUUACUCCCCCUACACAAGAGUUCUGUCCCUUGCUAAACGAGAGUAUAUGUGACUUGACCCGAGAGACCUACAUGCUGCAAGCAACCCUCUACAACCCCCUAGCUCGUUUGGUUGAGUAUAUGGUUAGACUACCCGUUGCUGGAAGUGGUUAUACAGUCAUCGCUCCUGAUGGAACUACGGAAGUUGAACAUCAGCUUGUUCCAGGGUCGGCUCAGACUCAGACCCUUGUGUUCCCCGCCACCCUCCCACCCCUAGGGUACGCCACUUACUUUGUUAACAGACAAACAGAUGUGCCAAAGAAACCAGCCGAAGUUCUAGAUCAAGAGAAACCAAAGGCAAAAUCAAGCAAGCGUUCACAUUCAUCUACCACAAAUGUUAUUCAAGGGAAGUACGUCAGCGUGACCUUUGACGAGGCCGGGCACCUAGCCUACCUGACCAACCUUGAAUCAGGCGUGACAACCCAGCUCAGCCAGAACUUCUACUUCUACCCCGGCUUUGGUCAGAAGGGACAGUCCAGUGGCGCCUACAUCUUCAGGCCGGCCAACAACACACCGACCAGCAUACCACUCACUCUCUGGCAGGGUACCAGAAAUGGUACCCUGGUACAGGAGGCGUAUCAACAGUUUACAGACCUGGUGAGUCAGGUGGUGCGGGUCUACAGGGAGAAACGUUACGUAGAGUUCCAGUGGACGGUUGGUCCCAUUCCUGUCAGUGACGGCAUUGGUAAAGAAGUAAUUACACGAUUCAACAUCCCGGGGUGGGGUAACAAAGGCGUCUUCUACACGGAUGCCAACGGCAGAGAACUGCUGGAGAGGAAAAUCAACUACCGACCUACCUGGAACGUCACCAUACCGGAACCAGUUGCAGGGAACUAUUACCCCAUUACAACCAUGAUUUCUAUAAAGAACGACAAGAACCAGUUCACCGUUCUGACAGACCGCUCUCAUGGUGGUACCAGCCUCAACGAUGGUGACGUGGAGCUCAUGUUACAUCGGCGUUUGCUACACGACGACAGCCGGGGCGUGAACGAGGCGCUCAAUGAAACCGGAAGUGACGGCAGAGGUCUAGUCGUACAAGGCUCCCUGUACGUCGUCCUUGACACGAUAGACCGCUCGGCCAGACAGUACCGGUCCCUGGCCCAGGAGCUGAUCCUCUCCCCCCUCCUCACCUUCUCCACCCUGGACGUCGCCCCGGCAGACUACGUCAAGAACCUCAACACUACGGUAUCAGGGCUGAUGACGCAACUUCCGCCCAACGUUCAUCUCCUCUCGCUGGAACCGUUCCUGGAGUGGGGGCCAGUGGCGUCGCCUAGCAACACGAUUCCACUCCUCAUCCGGUUUGAGCAUUUUUACGAGGUGGGGGAGGACGAGGACCUGUCGAAACCUGUCACUUUUGAUAUACAGAAUAUAUUUAGAGCUUACCCUAUCAAUGACGUGUAUGAGCUUAACCUUGGUGCAAACAUCCCAAUAGAGGAGGUCAAGAGACUGCAUUGGAGGACGAAUGACGCUUCCGGUUCCGAUGUCACAAGUCCCAUACGUCAUCUGAACGGCACUGUGGUAACCCUCAACCCAAUGGAGAUCGUUACUUUACAGGCCAACAUUCAGCUUUAGAUAGUACUACAUUUUUUUAGAUUCGGAUGUUACUUUAUUCGUUAAAAUUUAUAGUAAUGUAUGUGUUAGAAUGCACUACAUUUGUUAGAUUUAGUUUUUAGUACCCCUGUUGGGUCUCGACUGUUGUAUUUCAAAAUCUAAUAAUAGGCGUUGGAUUGUUUUAUAUUUUGCUUAGAUUUUGACUAUACUACUUUAAAAGUCCUAAUUCAA